ACUUUUUGUGCGUGCUUCACUAUCAAUUCAAUUUGGUUAAGAUCGCAGACGAUUUGUAGGUUCUGCUAGUGUUUAUUAAGUUAAUUUUGAAAAUUCUGUGAUAAUUUAAAAGUGUUAUUUAAACCGGGAAGAUAAACUUGAAAAAGCUUGCGGUCGAAAGCGUACAGAAAUGUUUAUAGACGAGAAUGAGACACCGGAAUCAUGGUGGGUAUCGGCAGUGUUGCGGACGAUCCGCGCGGUCGCGUUAAUCUUCGACAUCAUCACCUUCCCCAUACACCUCAUCAUCCAGCGACCAUGGAGGAAACGAGAGCUCUCGCGUCGAAUCAAGGCAAAAAUAAUAGAAACAACGUCAGACAGCAUAACCGUCAGGUCCGUGUCGGAACCCUGCGACCUUCACCUCCGCCUGGUCAAAGACAGAGUUACCACUAUGGAGAGCAUGCUGCGGGCCGCGGCGGCGCGCUGGCAGGAGCAGCCCUGUCUCGGCACGCGCGCCGUGCUCAGCGAGGAAGACGAGCCCCAGCCUAAUGGACGUGUCUUUAAGAAGUACAAAAUGGGCGAGUACUCGUGGCGCUCGUACACCGACGUGAGCACGGAGGCGCGCCAGUUCGGCGCCGGCCUGCGCGCGCUCGGCUGCGCGCCGCGCGCCAACGUCGUCAUGUUCGCCGAGACGCGCGCCGAGUGGAUGCUCGCCGCGCACGGCUGCUUCACGCAGAGCAUUCCCGUUGUGACAAUCUACGCGACGCUGGGCGACGAAGCCAUCGCUCACGGUAUCAACGAGACGGAAGUGUCGACUGUGAUCACGACGCACGAGCUGCUGCCCAAGUUCAAGAAGAUUUUAGCAAAAACACCGCGUGUGGACACUAUCAUUUUCAUGGAGGACCAGCUGAAGACCACGGAGCGGAACGGAUUCAAGGAGGGCAUCAACAUUGUCGGUUACAAGGAGGUGCUCGAGAUGGGCAAAACAUCCAAAAUAGAACCGGUGACGCCGUCCGCGUCGGACACGGCCAUCAUCAUGUACACAUCGGGCUCCACGGGCGUGCCCAAGGGCGUGAUCCUCUCGCACCGCAACAUGGUGGCCACCCUCAAGGCCUUCGCCGACGCCAUGCCCAUCUACCAGGGAGACGUGCUCAUGGGCUUCCUGCCGUUGGCGCACGUGUUCGAGCUGCUGGCUGAGAGUCUCUGUAUCAUUGGAGGAGUUCCAAUCGGGUAUUCCACUCCACUCACAAUGUUGGAUACAUCGAGUAAAAUUAUGAAAGGAACAAUGGGAGACGCUACUAUUCUCAAACCCACAUGCAUUACAACAGUGCCGCUCAUCAUGGACCGCAUCAGCAAGGGCAUCACGGACAAGGUGUCUCGCAGCGGGCCGCUGGCCGGCGCCUUCUUCAAGUGGGCGUACGCCUACAAGCAGGCGUGGCAGCGCCGCGGGUACGACACGCCCGUGCUGGACCGCGUCGUGUUCCAAAAGGUGCGCUUACUGCUGGGCGGUCGCGUGCGGCUCAUGAUCUCGGGCGGCGCCCCGUUGGCUCCCGAUACGCACACACAAGUGCGUCUGUGUCUGUGCUGCGACGUGGUGGCCGGCUACGGACUCACCGAGACCACAUCUUGCGCUACAGUCAUGGACCCGCUCGACAGGUCGACAGGUCGCGUGGGUGCGCCCACCACCGGCACAGACAUUAAGCUGGUCAACUGGGAGGAAGGCAACUACCGCGUUGAGAACAAACCAUACCCGCAGGGCGAGGUGGUGAUCGGCGGCGACUGCGUAGCGGAGGGCUACUACCGGAACGCGCAGAAGACGCGCGAGGAGUUCCUGGACUCGGCCGGCCGGCGCUGGUUCCGCUCCGGAGACGUGGCUGAGCUGCAUCACGAUGGCUGCAUCAAAAUUAUAGAUCGCAAGAAGGACCUGGUGAAGCUGCAGGCGGGCGAGUACGUGUCGCUGGGCAAGGUGGAGGCGGAGCUGAAGACGUGCCCCAUCGUGGAGAACAUCUGCGUGUACGGCGACAGCUCGAAGACGUACACGGUGGCGCUGCUGGUGCCCAACCCGCGCCACCUGGCCGAGCUGGCGGCGCGCGCGGGGCUGCCCGCCAUGCCGUUCGAGCAGCUGUGCCGCGCGCCCGCCGCCGAGCAGGCCGUGCUGCGCGAGCUGGCCGACCACGCGCGCAAGUGCGGCCUCGAGAAGUUCGAGGUGCCGGCCGCCGUCAAGCUGUGCACCGAGGUGUGGUCGCCCGACAUGGGGCUGGUCACGGCCGCCUUCAAGAUCAAGCGGAAAGACAUCCAGGAGCGCUACAAGGAGGACAUCAAGCGCAUGUACGCGUCGUGAGCGCCGCGAUCACUCUCUGCGUACCUUUCUCUCGACGAACGAUUAUUUGCAUGAUUUAUUUUCGGUGAUUUUUUUGUAAGUUUUAUUUCGUCCGAGUCCUUUGAGAUUGGGAGGUGUCUUUCGUAUGAUUAUUUGUAUAUCGAGCACAUCACAUGUAACUAAGAGAUUGUAUAGAGAAAUUAUUGUAUUGCCAAAUUUAUAUCGGAGAUUGUAGACUAGCAGAACUUAUUUCAAUCGUCGAACGUUAUAAUUUAUAAAUUAGAAGCGAACCUACGCUUUCGAUUCGUUUAGUUUAUAUGUGUUAAAUUUCUAUAAGUCUGUACAUAUUUAUUUAUGAAUAAUGAAAUUGUAGUUUGUAUAUUCGUGUAAAUUUACUCGCGAGGUCGCGACUGAUUAAUGAUAUAUGUUGCUUCUCGUCGAAAUCUUUAAAAAAAUAUAUUAAUAGCAUAGAUAAUUAUAAAUUAUAGAUCUGAUGUCGAUUGGAUAAAUACAAGUGAGAGUAGAUUUUUAUGAAGCAUAACGUUGCGCGGUUUGCGGGUCGUCUCCGGUCUGUAACGAGACGGCCACAACAAACGUUCUGGUGCGGAACCGCGCGACGCACGCUGCCUGCCAUCGAGUGGAUGCAGCUCAAGCGUCUCGUAUGUAUAGUUAGUUACGGCAGAACAUGUCCACAGACAAUAGUUCCGUGACUCGUAAUUUGUAUAAAGAAACUUUUGACCUUGUUAGGCUAAGUUAUCGUUUUAGUACUUAGGGGGAGGGGCAUACGCAACUGUUGUAAUAAUUCCGCAAUAAUGCUUUUAUUUAAUAUAAUUUCGUCUGUGGCGAAUCAUCAGCAUAAUCAACCAAAUGGUUUUAGUUUGUAAGCGAGGUAUCGCUUGUAGCUAUUUGUAUAAAGAUUACGAUGGGUAUAUGAAUUGAAUUUGAAUUGUUGAUUAUUAUUAUUUUAAACGUGCAACUGCGGUUAGCCUAGACUGCGUGUGAUCUUUUAAAAAUCGUUCAUAAAAUUAAUCGAUACUAAUCAUGUGUUGAAAAGCGCAGUCCUAACCGAUAUUAAGGAGCAUUUUAUUUAACGCUUGUCGCAUUUCGCCAGGCAUUUAUACCUUAUAAUGAUAAUCCGUUGAAUUUUACUGUAUAAAAUAUUAUUAAUCGAAGGGAAACUCUACUGCUGUCUUUAGAGUUUCUUGUUUAAAGAUAGCAAUCGAGUCAAGUUUUACUGUAAACAAUAUUAUUGUAUUGAAGAUAUAAAUUUCAUGAUAUAUUUCACGUGGAAUAUCUGUGUGUUGCCGUAAUCGGCAGCGUCAUAUUUUUCGAUGUAAUCGUUUUGAAUAAAUAAAAUUGGAUGUUUCAUAAUAUAAGUAGAAGUCAUUUGCUCAGUUCAUGUUUACGUUUGAAAUUCAUUAAAAUUUCAACUAAAUAACAUUUUUGUAUUAUUUAUUCAAUAAAUGUUUAUAAAAUCA